GCAAGAAGUACGGUAGUAAUGUUGGGUUCGGAGGACCACGGGGAGACUUGUAAACGAAACGGUACCGGAAUGAAGCGUCCAUUCAGCCCUGUUGAGGACGGGUCACUGGCUGAGCAGAGCGGACAUGAGCUGGUGGAGUUUAGCAGACAGGAGGACACAGCACCUGUAAACCCUCGAGCCAAGCGGGAGCGCAAACACAGGUCCUACACACUCUGUGAAGUGUGCAACAUUCAGCUGAACUCGGCAGCACAAGCACAGAUACACUACAAUGGCAAAACACACCAGAAAAGACUCAAACACAUAAACAACAGCAGCGCAGGUACGGCUGCUCAGGGGAGCCCCCUGCUGGCCUCAUUACCAAUGCAGGGUCGUCCACUGCAGACACCACUGGACCUCAAACACUUCCUGCCCUUCCGGCUCAGCGGAUCCUCACCGCUCAGCCUCUUCCCAAACUUCAACAACAUGGACCCGGUGCAGAAGGCAGUGAUCAACCACACAUUUGGCGUUCCUCAGUCCCUGAAGAAAAAACAGGUCAUCUCAUGCAAUAUCUGCCACCUGCGCUUCAACUCCACGAAUCAGGCGGAGGCUCAUUAUAAAGGCCAUAAACAUGCUCGCAAGCUGAAGGCAUUGGAGGCUCAGAAGAACAAACAGCAGAGACGACAACAGGACAACUCGCACCACAAACGAGAGCGAGACCGCGAGCGAGAGAAGGACAGAGAGAGAGACAGAGAGAGCGAUAGAGAGAGAGUGAAGGCCAGCGCUCCAGAUCCACCACCGGCCCUGCUGGAUGACACCGCCGUCGAGGGAACUGCUGUGAGCGACCCGGAGUCUGUGCUGCGGGUGGACGACGCUCACUGCAGUUCAGUGGUGCUGACGCCCAUAUCAGAGGUGUCGUCUGCAGACCUGUGCGCCUCCUCUCCUCACUCCCAGCACCCCGACGCUCUCCUGGAGCCCAGCGGAGACACAAGCCCUCCUCCACAGGACAGCCCUUCAGCAGACACAUCGGCAGAGAAAGAGCCCAAAAAGUCCAAACAACACCUGCACUGCCCCAUCUGCAAAGUCACAGUCAACUCCAGCAAUCAGAUGGAGGCUCACAAUAGUGGCACCAAGCAUAAACUAAUGAUGGAUGGACAGACUGUGUUGCCACGGAGACGAGGGAAGGCGAUGUCGUCCCGCUCCUCGUGUAAAAGCAAGCGACUGGCCAGCAAGGGAAGUCUGGGCGUGGCCAGCAAGAGCUUCUACUGUGAAGUUUGCGAGAUCCACGUUAACUCUGAGACUCAACUCACCCAGCACAUGAACAGUCGAAGGCAUAAGGAUAGGCUGGCUGGGAAACCUCCAAAACCCAAGUUCAACCCUCAUGCCAAGAGUCAGCCUACCUCAACCGUGUCGCAGGGUGUCCGAUGGAACGGUUAUGCGAGCGGCGCCGUGUCUGCCAUGAAGAAAGUUAUCAGCCAAUGCAAUCUCUCCUCUCUGUCCUCACAGACUAAACUUGUUCUACAGAAGCAAUUGACAAAAAAUCUGACCGCCAGCUUCCUGCCCACCCCCCUAACUCCACCCACCCUCUGCACCGUUGCGGCCAAUCCUCUCGCACUGCGACACCCGCCGGGCACUACUUUCAUUCAGACGCCCAUCCUCGGCCCAGCCCUCGGCCCAGCCCUCUUUAGGCCAGCGCCAGGACCUCUGAGAGCCACACACACUCCCAUAAUAUUCUCCCCCUAUUGAUCACCCCCCGAAACAAAACAAACACGCUCUUUAAACAAAAGCGCACAUCAACGUGAUUUAGUCUUACGAUCUAUUCUCAGUACUGACGGUCUCUGUGCAAACUUUGUCCGUGCUCCCGCUCUCUCCAAGCUGUAAACACACACACACACAUAUAUAUAUAAAUAAACACACACUCACAUAGUGUUCCCUAUCCUCCUCAAAGACUGUGACUCUGAAAGGAGUCACUUUUGAACUAUGCAGCAAAGGGAGAGAGAGUGUGUGUAAAAGAGAGAUAAAGAGAGAGCAAGACCAUAUAUGGAUAUAUGGGAGGGGCCUCAUUGCUAACACCAGCCCACUAUGCAGAUGAAUGCUUGAUUGACAGGAUACGACCAAUAAGGGAGUAAAAGAAGGAUAAUUUAGCUUUGCUACACGAGAUAUUUAUCGUUAAACAGAUGUUAAUCAGGUUUUAAUUCUAUAAUUUAUUAGAGCAAAGACAAUUUUAGAGACCUAUAACUGCGCUAGCUGUUCGUUUAGUGAGGAAAUGCAAACAUCCCUUUACUUGAUGCUUAUUUUUAUGGAUUUUCAAUUGUACUCUGUCUGUUUUCAUGCCAUUCCACACAGAUUCACUGUCGUCUCUCUGUAUAUCCGCACACAUUUUUGCAGUAACCUCAUCCGACUGGCUUUUGUUACAAAUAUAAACCUCAUUGGUCUGUCAGUUUACAGAUGCUAAGGCUUUCUGUCAUGGGUAAUCACAUAGUAACGCUGAGUGCCAGCCUAAUCGACGAAGGUGACAAUUUGGUAGCAAGGCAACACACACACACACACACACACACACACACACACACACACACACACACACACUCGCUCCCAAUCAGUGUCGUAAUUUUCAGUGUUGAUGCACAGAUUAAAUGAUUUGAGAUGCGGACACACACACACACACACACUCAAAAUCUCAGAUGAGUUGAUUACGGUUCAGUCACAGUUUGACGUGGCCUUUUAUGUCCGCAUAUUUUGUUCUCAGUAUUCCCUCAUUACAGCCUCACAAAGGUCACUGUGCCUGUCAGAAAUCUGUCCGUGUCCCAUCUUGAUUAAGAUAUAAACCCUCACCAUGUUAUUUGCUUGCUUGUGUGUGUAUGUGUGUGCAAUCCAAAAACCGUCAUGAGCUCAUUACUCUUUUGAUUUGAUUCAAAACAACUUGUUAAAUUCUGGAAACGACAAUGAUUUAUUUUGCACAGAGGAGCCAUUGCCAAAACUUAACGACUGUGAUCGCGGUUAGUGAUUUCAACAUAUUCAAUUUAAAAUUUAUUAAUAUUGCAAUUGCACAAUGCCAAGUACACAAGCAUCUGCAAGCACAACAUCCCUUAAUUCGCUAAGCAUCAUAGAUGAUGGUCUGCUGUACGAUUGACCAUCUGACUCCAGACCUGUAGAAUUAGACGUCGCUGUCUAGUCUGUGUUGUUUCACCACUUUUCAUCUGUCUGAUUUCUUUUCAACACACCCUAUAGCAUACGGAGCUUUUUUGUAAAUAUUUUAUGAACACGGCUUUUAAAAGCGAAUCAUUAACAUUUCUAAUAUAUAUAUACACGAUUAGAGUAAAUAUGUAGAAUUUUAUGAGAUGUUUAAUGUAGAUUCUUUAUCUGGUUAUUGUAAUUAAUGUGAUAAUAAGAACGAUCUCUACUUGAUGAAGUUAUUUUAUGUUUUCUUGCCAUUUCUGCAGAGAUAUGAGUACUGAAAUGAGAUAAUAAUCUAACGCAAAGUAGAUAAGAUUAUGUAGUUUGUAUGUCAAAUUGUAAAUCAAAGUGCUAUGAAGCUCUUUUAAGAGAAAGAAGGUGGUGGAAUAUAAUAAAUUUUGCUAAAAACGGGCUGAGAUUGGGACACCCAGACAAGGCCUCAAAGCCUGCAGUCACGGGUGAGUCUCAAGCCCACUCAGGGCUCUUGCUUUUCAGAGGAUGGUUUGCCCUUGCGGGAAUGAAGCACGGGGCCUUGAACAGAGCUAACUAACAACAGCCAUAUUGACACUACAAAAGGCACAACAUGGAUGAAUUCUGAUUUUUCUUUUUCGAGGACACUUUAAAACAAGAACUUUGCUUGGACUUCAUGAAUCAAAAUCUACUAUUUGUGUGUUUUGAUAACUCCUGAACGCCAAACUCAUCUCCAUGGAAAGACAAAUGUUGAAUGACAAUUAACCCACCAGUGGACUCCAUCAUAAGGCACAAGAAGACAUAACUGCACCAUUCCUAGUUGUGUCCACAUCAGAUAUGGCUUUGAUACUUAUAACUGUGACGGUCUCUGGUAGGUGGAUGAUUUCACAUGUUGUCCAAAUGUAACAGUUCCAAAAUAUCUUUAAGGUUGUUUGUUGGGUUUUUAUUAUCUGUUGCUUUUUUCAGUUCGGUGAAAUUCAAUCUUUAAGCAAUAAUGACGGAAACUGGAACCUUUUUAAGAAAACAGAAGACGACUCCAUUUCUUUUCUCUCUCUCUAUCUAUCUUGAGCGUACUUGUUACUUCCCUCGUUCUCUCAAUGUUGUGAGUGCUCUUCAUGUUUUUGUAUGGUGGAAAGCGUUUCUGGUGCCAAUCUUGAGGACAUUAAGGCUUAAUUUGACAUUUUCCUCUGUAUGUUUUACACCGAUGGAAUCUGUUUGUCACAGGACAGUCAUGGAAACAUCCGUUGCCAGCAGUGACGAGACAGUGGAUGGCAUUUCCCAUUUCUUCCAUGUUGGUUCAGGGCUAAUCUGACUAUUCAAAUGAAUCACCCCCAUUCCCUUCCUACUCUAGUUUGCCUGCCUUGUGCCAAAAUAUACUCUCAUUAAAUGCCAAAUUUAUUAAUUUAUUUUCAAUAAUUGUCAAAAAGCACAAAAAAUGUCUCUCCCAUUAUGUUUAAAACUCAUGGAGCCUCAUGUGAAAAUGUGCAUGUGUGCGUGUAAACUGAAGAAAAAAAAAUUUGUAAAUUGUUGUGUCCAAUCCAAAUAGAUGUUUCUUAGGCAUGAACAAAGAUGAGAUUUCAGUAAUGCUUAAAAGGGACAUGGCCAGUAUUGCGUAAUAUAAAUAUUAACAGACAUUAUAUAUGUUAUUUGUUCUUUGUGUCAUUUCUGUGACUGAUCAAACAUUGAUCUAAGCUGACACAAAGGGAGAUGUAUUUUCAUAAUUUUGCGUCUUGGUUUUUCUGACUCGUUUGCUAUUUCUCUGUACAGUGUGUGUAUGAAUGCGUGAAACCGAAAUAAAGCCGGGAAAGAGAGAGAGAAAUAAAUCGAUUAGAUCUUC